CUUUUGCAGGAGGUUAGAUGUGCGUAUGUGGUGUUGCUAAUGGCCGGCUACUGGGUAACCGAUUGCUUCCCGAUGGCAGUGACGUCACUGAUUCCGGUAGUGAUGUUCCCGGCUUUAGGUAUACUAAGUACGGCGGACACGUGCGCUUGUUACAUGAACGACACUAUAAUGGUGUUCAUCGGCGGUCUGAUCCUCGCCAUCGCAAUCGAGCACAGCAAUCUGCAUCUCAGGAUAGCCCUCGGAGUGAUGAAGACGGUUGGCUGCAGCCACGCGAGACUCCUCGGCGGUCUCUGUGUGGUCACGACCUUCAUAUCCAUGUGGGUGUCCAACACCGCGGCUACGGCCAUGAUGGUGCCCAUCAUAUUUGCUGUACUGCGCGAAUUGGAACAGGUGUCAGCUGGAGUAGGUGCGAUAUUCAAAUCAAAAAUAGUGGAUCCAGAAAGACCGGACAUUCCGCCCGAGAUAAGACCGACGAAAAUAACGAAGGCAUAUCUGUUAGCCGCGGCUUAUUGCUCGACGUUCGGCGGAACCGGAACAUUGGUGGGAACCGGCACAAAUUUAACCUUUAAGGGAAUCUACGAGAGCACAUUUCUCGAUGCCGAGGGAAUCAACUUCACCGACUGGAUGAUCGCGUCCUUUCCCCAAAUGCUAGUCAAUUCCUUCCUCACUUGGGUGUACGUGCGAAUCGCUUUUUUGGGAUAUCUGAGACCGCACAGUAAAGACGCCGAAAUGGCUACGAUCGGACGUGAGGGUGAAAUUGUCACAAAUCAAGUUAUACAGGAGAGAUAUAAGAAUUUGGGGCCCAUAACUUUUCACGAGUACGGAGUGGCCACAUUGUUCUUCAUGUGCGUAUUUCUAUGGAUAUUCCGCAAACGGUUUGUCGUCGGAUGGUCCGAAUUGAUCACUGAUAUAGAUCUCAGAGAUUCAGUGCCAGUGAUAUUCGCCGCUAUCUUGAUGUUCUUCAUCCCUAAGGACCCCAGCUUCAUCUACAGUUACAGUCAAGAUCCCGCUAAAAGACCAAAAAGAUCGUCGGAAGGUUUGAUCACGUGGAAGGUGAUCGAGACUAAGAUGCCGUGGAGUCUGAUGUUCCUUUUAGGAGGCGGUUUCGCGAUCUCGCGUGGAAGCGUCGCCUCCUGCAUGGCAAAACGAAUUGGCGAAGCUCUGAUACCGCUUCGCUAUCUACCACCCAUUGUAAUACUUGCUUUAGUGUGCUUCUUCGAGGGUACAUUAACGGAAUUUACCUCGAACGUGGGCGUCGCGAAUAUCACUUUACCAGUGAUAGCUCAAAUGUGCGUAGCGAUGGAGAUGCAUCCCAUGUAUUUGAUGAUACCGGCCACUUUGAUGUGCUCGUUCUCGUUUCGUCUCCCGGUCGGAACACCGCCGAACGCGAUCGUAACCAUUUCCGGACACAUCCCGACCAACUGGCUAAUCACCGGAGGCUGCGCACCCGCGAUCUACAGUUUGAUAGUAGAAGUCAUCUUCUUCCCGACGUGGGGCGUCUUCGUUUACGGAAUUAAGGAUUUUCCUCACUGGGCCAGACAUGCCGAAGUAGGAAACAACACGAAUACUUGUUAAUAAAUGUCGCGAAACUUCAGAUUUUUUAUCGUCUGAUUUCUUUCCGCAAAAUUCAUCGAAUUGCUUGAUAUUAAAAAAUUAAUAUAUUAAUU